CUGCUAGUCCCGCCUUUCACCGCCCCUGUGAGAGGGACUGGGAGUUUAAUGUUCCCUCUGGCCGUCUUCGAUAUCCGGGGACACAUUUUUACUUUACUGGCAUUUUUUUUUCUCACCACUUUUUAUGUGUUUUACUUCCUCGACACUUUAAUUUGCGUCCAAGAAAAUUAGACCUAGCCUACUGCAGUUUCACCGCCCCACCUCACCCGAGCAACAUUCAAACCACAAGCCAUGCUUCUACCCUCUUCACUACUACUCCUCCUUGGCCUCCUCACCUGGAGUCCCAGUGCAUCAUGGGCCGCUAAAGUGAUCGUGGUCCCACCCAUCAUGUUUGAAUCACACCUCUACAUUUUCAAGACGCUGGCCACGGCUCUGCACCAGGAGGGCCAUGAGACCCACUUUCUAAUUUCAGAGGGUCGUGGGGUGCCCCCUUCCCCUUACUACCACUUACAACGCUACCCAGGAAUCUUUAACAGCACCACAGCUGACAAUUUCCUCCAGUCAAAAGUCAGCAACAUCUUCUCAGGCCGCCUGACAUUUCUGGAACUGUUUGAUAUACUUGACCACUACUCUCAGAACUGUGAUGCUGUCGUUGGCAAUGUUGAGGUAAUGACCCGCCUCAAGGAGGCCAAAUUUGACCUGCUGCUGGUAGACCCUAAUGAGAUGUGUGGUUUUGUGAUCGCUCAUAUCCUGGGUGUGAAAUAUGCCGUGUUCAGCACAGGCCUGUGGUACCCUGCUGAGGCGGGCGCCCCAGCCCCACUUUCAUAUGUACCCGAAUUCAACUCAUUGCUGACAGACCGCAUGUCUCUGGUCCAGAGGAUUGCCAACACAGCUGUUUACCUGGUGCAGCGCUUUGGAGUCCGUUACAUUGCAUUACCCAAGUAUGACCGGAUUAUGAAGAAACAUGGAGUGAAGCCUCAAGUGGCCAUGUCUGACUUGGUGCAGGGCAGCCGGCUGUGGAUGCUAUGCACUGACUUGGCUCUGGAGUUCCCCAGGCCCACCCUGCCACAUGUGGUGUACAUAGGAGGCAUCCUUACCAAGCCCCCCAAUCCACUUCCACAGGACUUUGAGGCGUGGGUGAAUGACACAGCGGAGCAUGGCUUUGUGGUUGUGUCGUUUGGAGCUGGGGUCAAGUACCUUUCCCAUGACAUUGCUCACAAACUGGCAGGAGCCCUCGCCAGGCUGCCCCAGCGUGUCAUCUGGAGAUUCUCUGGACUUCCACCCAGUAACCUUGGUAACAACACCAAGCUUGUUGAUUGGAUGCCUCAGAAUGACUUAUUAGGUCAUGCCAACACAAGGGCCUUUCUGAGCCAUGGUGGCCUGAACAGCAUCUACGAGGCCAUGUAUCAUGGGGUGCCAGUGGUAGGUGUGCCCCUGUUUGGAGACCACUAUGACACCAUGACUCGUGUGGCAGCCAAAGGUAUGGGUAUCAUGCUACACUGGAAGUACAUGACCGAGGAAGACCUCUACACAGCCCUGACCAGCGUCAUCAAAGACGGCAGGUACCGCCAGCAAGCACGUACUCUCUCCAACAUUCACAAAGACCAGCCAGGCCACCCUGUAACCAGGGCUGUCUACUGGAUCAGCUACAUCCUACGUCACCACGGUGCCAACCACCUGCGCUCUGCCGUAUAUGAGGUGUCCCCCUACCAGUACUUCCUGCUGGAUGUGAUUUUCACUGUAGGGGCUGCCUUGGCUCUGAUCAUCUUUGCCCUGCGACGGUUGGUACGAUUGCUGAGGGGGAAGGCCGGGGACCAGAGCAGAGGAGGUGGUGUCCCCAGGGAUGAUGGUAACAUGGUCAAUGGACAUUGCCAUAGCGAGAGCAUGGCCAACGGGAAACACAAACGCAAUGGCUCCUUGAAAAUCGAGAAGAAGCUGAAUUAAUGUUUUGAAUGACCAAAAGGGAUGAGGAAAAAGUUGCCCCAAGGACUCAGCUCUAGGUUUAGUUUAGUGGGUUAAUAAAAGCUUUGAGAGAAAGCUGUUCUUAGGUCUGUGUCGAGAGGCAACUGCUACUCAGAGUGAGCAAGAUGCUGUAGGAUACACAAUGCAUCGUGUGGGGACAAAGCAAGGCAUCGGGUGCUCAAAAUCUGUGUGUGUGUGUGUGUGUGUGUGUCUGUGUGGGUGUAUGUGUAUGUGUGAACUGAAGCUAAUUUAACGAAAACUCUAAUAAAAGAAGCUACAGCAAUACAACACCAAAUUGGAAAGUCAUUGAGGAUCAAACACAGGAAAGACACAUUGGGAGGACAUUGUUUUUUCAUGUACAUCAUUUCUCCUGCAAGUUCCCUGUUGUCUUCCUGGCUUCCUUACCAAUGGAAGGAUGAUGAAGAGGGGAAAUCCUGAGCGCCAACUCCUCAUCCUCAAAACAAAACAAGAAAACCAAUGGAUAACUUUUGAAAUAGUUAGGAUUUAAUGUUUUUAACUGCAAACUCUGCUUCUGUGUGUCUGGUAAACUGUAAAUAGAGGAAACAUCUCAUUAUUACUGUACAAAUGCAUUUUAAUGAUGGACCCUUUUAACCAUUUUAAUCAAAUUUUUUAUUUAUUUAAUGUGUCAAUAGUGUGAUAGCAUUAAGGUAGAUGUACACUCCCUCGUCUAAGCUCAUAUUGGUGAAAUAAACAAAACAAAGACUAACAGCUUCAGUCAUAAGUCUGCACAGGUCUGUGCUUUCUGCAGUUUAAUCAUCCACAGUAUUCAUGGUGGUCUUGUUUCAAAUUAAUGACAGAGUUGAAAAUAUUUUAAAUUUUUCCCUUUUCACACGGUAGUGCCAUCCUGUGACUGCACUUAACCGUGCAGUGCCACAUUAUCUCCUAACUGACAGUUGGCUCUGGUAGAUAAUAACUUAAUUGAACUUUGUUGGGCUUAUCAGUGUGAAAAGGGUGAUCAUGUUAUCAUCCAAAUAUAUAAUAAUGAUGACAACUCAGGAUACUGUGGAUAGGCAGAGCCAGAUCAGAAAUGUGCUCAGGGAUGAGUCCGAGCAUUAUUUAUUUAUGAUGCCUUGCUUCGUUAGUCCCAUAUUUUAAUUCUGCAUCCCUAUCUCAUCUAUUUAUUGAUUAAUAAGGAUUCGUCACUUGAUUGUCAUUUUUAGUGCUACACUAGACUUUGUGGAUCAUUCCUCUAUGAUUCAUUCAAUGAAUCAUUUCUAAUAUACUGUAUGUUGCAAAUGCUAUUUUUAAGUUACACAGUUCAGGUAGAAAUCCAUUCAUUGCUUCUCUUCUGCAACUUAAAGUCUGUUAGAUUAAGCUAUUGAGGUUUAUGUACAGUUAGACCAUAUGUAGGUAGACCUUAUGUAAUAGACCUUAUGUAAUUAUAUUAACUUUUGAGUGUGAAUGAUUCACAUUCUGUAUCUUUCCUUUUAUAAUGCAAAUACUUGUGUAUGCUUGACUACAUGUGUAUGUAUGCUUGUUGCUGUUUUAGAUAACUGUGCAGGUUGUACAGAGUGUAUGGAUGAAACAAGACAAAUGAGGUAUACUUUAGCCCACAAACAAAAAACAACCACUGGCUUUUCUGCCAUUCUCUGAAGUCUACUUCAUACUACGUGUAUGGCCAUGCAAUUGAUUCUUUAGGUUCUUUUCUUUAAAUAAGACUGGAGUUGUCAGUAGCUGUUUUUAUCAUCUUAUGUGUCAAUCCACUCCACUUUAUUAGAUAGAGGAAGGGUGUAAGGAGGGUGAAAGAGUGACUUAGUAGUAGACAACAAAGGUAAACCCAACUACUUCUACAAUGAAUAAUACUGUGUCAAAAGUGACACUGAUCCCCGCAGUGAAAUAGUCUUUUCUUGAACCCCCCGUUGAAGAGAUCAAAGUACAGGGCGAGCUGGAAGAGUAUCUUUGGAGUUUGUGGGGAUUCAGUAUCUUGCUAAUGGACAUUUCAGAAGGGCAGGUCCUCGUGGACAUGGGACAUACAAAUCUCAUUAACUUGAGACUUCCAGUUGAACCACCAGGCCACACUUUCUGUAUUUACCUCCAUUGUUCCAGCAGCACAGCCCAGACAUCUACAUUCUUACGUUUUAAAUUGCAACCACAACUGGCAUUCUAGCAAAGAGAGUUUACCAAAUUAAUAAAGCAUAGCACAUGGACAAUAUAGCUAUGCAUUUAAAGGAAACAGAAUACAUGCUAUCACUUAACCUGUCAAAGUUGCUGAGGACUUAACAUCCAACCAACAUAUAUGUUCACAAAUCCUGUAUGAUAAUUGAGAAAAGCUUCAUGAUCUUCCUUUCUCUGUGAGCUACAAAUACACUUGCACAGACCGACCCCGCCCUGCUGAAAAAAAGACUAUUAUACUUGAAUCAUCACCAUUAUCAUCAUCUAUAGCAAGUUCAGCUGUUGGGUAUGGUAGGUAGGCCUGCAGGUGCUACACAAGCUAUGAACAGGGUCUGGAGAGAAAAAAAAAAACCUUUGUGAAAUACAUUAUUUUUUUCGUUGUUUUUUUUCCAGUAUUGAUGUUCUAGCCUACAUAGUUAAAGAUCCACCCAUGCCCAUCCUUUAACUACUCUUUUUUUUUUUUAUUGUUUCUGUACUUACUCAGCAGUCUGAUGUGUCUCUGUUCUUGUGACGUUUACAUUUCAUCAGCUUAAGUUUUCUUUGUUCCGUCUUCAAUAGUGCACUUGCUUGUUCCAUUUGUCCACCUCUUUGUCUUACUCGUCAUUUCCUGGUGUAUUCUGCUGUCAUUGUAUUCUUGUCUUUUUCUUCCUCCUCCUUCCCCCAUUAAAUAUUAGAUGUUAUUAGAUAGACAGAGACUCACUCACAUUUUUAAACUUUGAUUUUACUUUGAUUUUAAAAUGGCAUAAAGUCCUCAAUUUUCCUGUCAUGUGUAUCCAUGUUGUAAAUAGAGCAAUGUAAACAAAAAACUAAUGCUGAAUAAAAAAUACAUAUUUUGUUUGCAGAGAU